CGGGUUGCCACCGGUUUUUAAUUUGUCGACAGAGGCCCUGAGUGCUCUGCUGUGGCAGAUGAGGAACGUAAAAUGGGCAAGCUCACUUCCUCCAUGUGUGAAACGCAAUCAAACCACUGGAGUUUUAAAUAAGUCGGGCCUCCUCCCACAUCUGCUCCAGACAGACCUAACAGGCGGGUCCAACCUACCUCCUCCCAUAUCCCGCCCACUGCUCCGCCGCUGUCCUCUCCUCUCCUGAACGCUGAUGUGUUACUAACUUCAGCCUGCAAGUCUGAGAAAAUGUUCAACUUCGGAUCAAAAUUCCUGCUGCUGUUUCUCCUGGCCUUCCCCUGUGGAAUCAUUUCCAUCGGCCACGUCUCUGCAGAGCCAGACUCUGCUGAGGACAUUGCUGAAGACGCCGAUGCUGCUGUAGAUGAGGAGGAAGAUGACGAAGAAGUCCUUGUUGAGGAGGACCAGAUACAAACCUCGGAGGGAGACGAAGAUGAGUCCGAUGAAGCCACUGAUAAACUGAUAACCUCUCACCCUGAUGCUGACACAACCAUCAUCUUCAUGACAGGAGAAGAGUUUCCUGCCAACGAAAUUGUGAGGUUCCUGGUGGGUUUCACCAACAAGGGGAGUCAGGAUUUUACAGUUCAGUCGUUGGAGGCCUCCUUCCGUUAUCCACAGGACUUCCAGUUCUACAUUCAGAAUUUCACAGCUUUGCCCCUGAACACCGUAGUGCAGCCCCAGGCUCAGGCUUCCUUUGAGUACUCUUUCAUCCCUGCUCAACCCAUGGCUGGUCGUCCAUUUGGUCUUGUUAUCCUCCUCAACUAUCUUGACACUGAGGGCACCAUGUUCCAGACUGCUAUUUACAACCAGACUGUUACCAUCACUGAGAGAGAAGAGGGACUGGAUGGAGAAACGAUGUUCAUGUACGUGUUCCUGGUUGGACUGGUGGUCCUGAUGCUCUUUGGAAUGUACCAGGUCCUGGAGUCGAGGACGAAAAAGAGAAUUCCAAUGAAAAUAGAGAAGGGCACUGGUGGGAUAAAUGAUGUGGACAUCAGCUGGAUUCCUCAGGAGACUCUCAAUGUCAUGAACAAGGCUUCCCCUAAAACAUCUCCAUGGAAACGAACCAAGAGGGCAGCUGGAGCAGAUCAGUAAAACCAUCUGUUUUCCAUCCAGUGUCCAUCAGGCUUUCAAAGUUCAUUUCCUUGCCACAGUAACCCGAAUCCCAUUCACAAUGGAUCAACAUUUCUGGAAAGCAAUUUCCAGCCCGACCAGUGUGUUAAAGAUGUUUGUAUGGAUUUCAUUCUCUCAGUCUGAUGUUCCUGCUGGUAUUAUGACCAGAGAGCAUCCUGGACUCUGCUGCUGUGCUCAGAGCAUCAUCUUUUAGACACUAACAGGAAUGAACUACAGUUCAUUCUUAAAGUGACUUUUUUAUCUUUUUGUGUGUGGGAGUGUGUGUGUGUGUGUGUGUGUGUGUGUGUGUGUGUGUGUGUGUGUGUGUGUGUGUGUGUGUGUGUGUGUGUGUGUGUGUGUGUGUCUGUGAAAGCUGAGAAAGGAUAAACCAAUUAGUCAUUAAAAAUUGUGGAAAAAAACAAAGGGAUGUGGUAUAGGCUGCCCCACCCUCCCCAAAACAAAACUUAAUACAUCCAUGUGAAUGUCGUGAAGCCAUAAUAAUUGCAUUGGGGAUUAAUGACCUUUGAAUUGGAGAUUUGUCAUCUUUAGGGUAAAAUUGAUUUUAUGAUUUCAAAACAUUCACAUUUUGUCCUCCUUCUCUCCAUCAUGUAAACACCAUUGUGCCUUACCUGUACUGUGAUUGUGAAGCCCUGCAAAGAUUUAUCUU